AAUUCACCAACAAAAAACUAAAAACCACUAGGAAAGUGAAGUACCUGGGAGUAACAAUAAACGAGAAACUGACAUGGAGAGAACAUGUCUUUUUAAAAGUAGCAGCUGCAAAAAAGAAUCUCAACCUCCUAUGCCGAAUACUAAGCCCAACAUGAGGCAUGAUUCCCACAACAACCAAAUGGAUCUAUGAAGCGAUCAUAGUAGCGAGAAUAACAUUCGGAAACAUUGUUUGGUGGCAAACAUCUAACAUGAUUACAGCCACCACGAAACUAGAUAGCAUACAAGGUACAGCUUUAAGACGGUACACUAAAAACCACACUAACAAGGGCAUUAGAGGUAGUAACCAACUGUUCCUCUCUAGAAGUUAAAAUAAAAGAACUAGCAAUGAAGACAGCCAUGAGAUUACACAGCAGGGGCCAGUGGGAAGAUACUGGUAGAGGCCACAGCCAGAUAAUCCAACCAAACGGCAACGAAACGAUUAAAGACAUGUAUAUGAUGCCAAAAGAUAGACUAAUCACAGAAUACAUAUUUGAGAAAAGAUACGAAACCAAAAUCGAUUCCAGAGAAGCAUGGAACACUACCACGUUACACCAAAACAAUGAUAUAAUAUGGUAUACAGACGGCUCUAGAAAAGAGAACCUUUCCGGUGCAAGCUGGUACUGCGGGAAAGGCCUAUCGAACGAAGGCUUCAAACAGCUUGGGAAAUAUGCAACAGUAUACCAGGCUGAAGUCAUAGCCAUAUCUGAGUGUACGCAAGAAAUGCUCAACCUGAACAUAAACUGCAAAAGAAUCACAAUAUGCACAGAUAGUCAAGCGGCAAUCAAAGCACUCAACAAAGCUGAAAACACAUCAAGAAUAACCAAAGAAUGCAAAAUAAGAUUGAAUACACUUGCCAAAAAUAACAGAAUAAUAAUACAAUGGGUGCCGGGACAUAACGGUAUAACAGGCAACGAAAAAGCAGACAGACUGGCCAACAGGGGUAAUGCACUCUAUUUACAAAAGAACAAAGAGUAA